CCGGCCCGCGGUGUUUCCGCUUCCGCCGCCGUUGCCAGGCCCGGUUCGCGGUGUUCGCGCUGCCCCCGGCGGUCCCGGGCGGCCAUGGGCGCUCACCUGGCGCGGCGCUACCUGUGGGACGCGGAGGCGGAGCCCGACCCGCUGCAGAUGCCGUCGUUCCCCGCCGAUCUGGGGCUGCCGGGGCGCCGGCCCCGCGCCAUGGUGGCCUCGGCGGAGCAGCUGGCGCAGGCCCGGCUGCCCCUGGAGCAGAGGGACUUCUGUGGCCACCACCUGCUGCGGCUGCUGCGCUGCCACCGCGACAACUUCCCCGUGCCCUGGGGCUGCCACGAGCUGCGCCACGCCUGGGACAGCUGCCAGCACCGCGACUACGUGAUGCGCAUGAAGGAGUUCGAGCGCGAGCGGCGCCUGCGGCAGCGCCAGAAGCGGCUGCGGCAGCACCAGGAGGGCGCCGAGUGACGCGGGGGGACGCGGGGACGGCGACACGAGGCCACCCCCGUGCAAUAAAGGCACCGAGUGACACCGA